AUGCACGACAUCCUAAUCCUCGGCGCCGGCUGGACCUCCACCUUCCUCCUGCCCCUCCUCCACAAACACUCCCUCUCCUUCGCCGCCACCACCCGCAAUGGCCGCAAAGUCGCCGGCUUCCCCACCCUCCAAUGGGCCUUUGACCCCAACAACACGGACAAAUCCCACUACAAAGCCCUCCCCGCCGCCAAACAUAUCCUCAUCACCUUCCCUCUAACCGGUCCCGGCCAAUCCGCGCAUCUCAUCCACAACUACCAAAAAAUCCACGGCCCACACUCCCACUUCAUACAAUUGGGCAGCACAGGCAUCUGGCAGAUUUCCCAACCGACAUGUUGGACUACGCGCAAGAGUGCAUACGACACGACCAACAACCGCGCAAUUGCCGAGGACGAAUUACUCCGUCUGGGAGGCUGUGUGUUGAAUCUCGCGGGUCUGUGGGGCGGGGAACGCGAUCCGAGGAAUUGGGUCGGGCGUGUCGCGAAAGAUAAAGCGGGCGUGAAGGGGAAGAAGAGCGUGCAUCUCGUGCAUGGAGAGGAUGUGGCGAGGGGGAUUCUUGCUGUGGUGAUGCAUGCGUGGAAGGGGGUCAGUGAGGGGCAGCGGUGGAUGUUGACGGAUGGAUUUGUAUAUGAUUGGUGGGCACUGUUUGCCAAAUGGGCGGAUGAUAAUCAGGAGGGGAAACAGGGCCCGACGGAGCAGAGUCGAUGGGUGUAUGAGUUGAUGGGGGAGGAGGGGGUGGGGGCUUUGCCGAGGGAUAUGCAGACGUUGGGGAGGUGUUAUGAUAGUAGGGAGUUUUGGGCCACGUAUGGCAUUUCGCCCCUCAAGGCUGGGGUAUGA